UCUUUCUGAAAUCGGAACAAUAUGGCCGCCGAAAGUAUCCGUCGGCAGACAAAAUUGGCUAUAAAUUAUGAUUUUAGGUGAAUUCUUACUCAAUGCAUCCAUGGUUAUGGCUGACGGUUCUCACAUUCACCCAUUUAUAGAGCAUGACGGGGAUGCAUAUGGGCACACAGGCCUUGAAGGCGUUGAUGAACUCAGUUUCAUCAAUGAUGAUGAUAUGGAUCUCAACUUUUUCCACCGGGUGGAUUCGGCCCAGGUUAUUUAUGAGAGGAGAAAACGAGCAAAACUCGUAGAAAAGUAUCUGAUUGGAGAUCUGCUCGGAGAGGGCUCUUACGGCAAAGUCAAAGAAGUGCUUGACACUGAAACCCUCUGCAGGAGAGCUGUCAAAAUUUUAAAGAAGAAAAGACUGAGACGAAUUCCAAAUGGUGAAAUUAAUGUUAAAAGAGAAAUACAGUUGCUGAAGAGGUUACGUCACAAAAAUAUUGUUGAUCUUAUAGAAGUGCUUUACAAUGCUGAGAAACAGAAAAUGUAUAUGAUAAUGGAAUACUGUGCCGAUGAGCUACAGAGUAUGCUAGAAAGUGCUCCAGAGAAAAAAUUCCCUGUUUGGCAGUCACAUCUAUAUUUUGUACAGUUGAUUGAUGGGUUGGAAUACCUUCACAGUAAGUCAGUGAUCCACAAAGACAUAAAACCAGGGAACCUACUUGUUACCACGGAUCAGGUGUUAAAAAUCACCGAUCUAGGAGUUGCAGAGGCUUUAGACUCAUUUAGUAAAGAUGAUACAUGUAAAACAAGUCAGGGAUCUCCAGCAUUUCAACCUCCAGAGAUAGCCAAUGGUAACGAGACAUUCCAAGGCUUUAAAGUGGAUGUUUGGUCAGCUGGUGUUACACUAUAUAACAUGACGACAGGCCUAUACCCAUUUGAAGGAGAAAAUAUCUACAAAUUAUUUGAAAAUAUCAGCAAAGGAGAUUAUAUCAUUCCUGAUUCACUGGAUAAAAUGUUAUCAUCACUACUUAAAGAAAUGUUACAGUAUGAUGCAUCAAAUAGAAUAUCAAUAGCAGAGAUCAAACACCAUGAUUGGUACAGGAAGAAGUUUCACCAGACGUCGGAUAUAGUUCCUUUUCCAAUCCAUCCGGAGGGAUGUGACACCUUGCGUAGCAUGACUGUGAUCCAGUAUGUUGAGGACCUGCACAGAGGUACUCAUAGUGAAGAUGAAGAAGAUGAAGAAGAGUACGAGGAAGAUAAAAUAGUCCAAACCCCUGUCUCACCCGUAGAGGGCAAUGGUACUCAAAUCAAUUCACACAAUAAAGAUUUUGUAGAAGAUGCCAUUCCAGAUUCUAAACACAAAAAACGACGGAAGUCUAAAUCCACGGCACGUAGAUUCAAAUUUUCCGCGUGUUCCCAGUCUUGAUAUUUAUUUAAAAUUAGCAUAUCAAUUUUGAACCAGAAUGUGUAUUGACAAAUACAUGGAUUAUGAAGAUAUUGGCUGCCAUAUGACCACAGAAAAGACUUUACAAGAUGUUAUAACUCUGGAAGGAGAUCGAGAAAAAUGAAUUAGUCAUGCAAACAUAUAGUUGACUGUCUAUGCCAAGUUACUUAAGUAGCUAAUUAUUAAUCUAUACUUACUGGAAGUAUGUGACAUCAUUAAUAUGUUAAUUUAUUCAAGAUUGUUUACAUAGACUGUGAGACUGAGAUUAAAACAUUCUACCAUCAAACAUGCUGGACCUGGUUUGACCUGGAUUCCUGCAAAGGACCCACAGCCAGUAGAAGUGUAUGGACUUGAUGCAAACCUGAAUACCUAAAUAAACUGUAGACAGAAGAGAUGAAGCGUGUGAGAAAACAGACACAUUAUGAUGGAUAGUACUGCCUGUCUCAUGGAUAUAACCUUGUUUCAGCCUGGUACCUGGCAGUAUGCAGAGCUCCCCUGGCGUCUCAAAAACAUUUGCCACAGUUUUUAAAACUGGAAUACCUACCAGUUGUGGAUCAGGUUAUUUCUGGAUAUUGUUGAAAUUUGACUAAUUUGCUACAUUAUAGUUUGUUGAUUUCUAAAUUGUUCUGCUGCUUAAAAAGUUGUCAUUUGCGCGCCCCCAGAGAAAUAACUGUGGCCCAGCCACAUUUAGCAAGAGUAAAUUGCCGUUCUAGCAAACGUAGAGGACCAGAACUACACAGCAUAUCUUGAACAGGCGGUUGGAGAGAGCCUGUCUUUUUAUAUGAAUGUCAACACGCAUAAUGACUGGAUAUCUCUCUGUGAACUUAGUGCUGAAACCAAAGUAGCCUAAAUACAAUCUUUUUCCAUAUGUUGUACGGUAAUGAGUGCCUGCUAGUUGUAUACAUGUUGUGAAGUAAUUGUGACAGAGAUGGACAAAAUCCACCUUCCCCGCCUUCCUCUUCAUUUCUUUCAUAGCAGAAAACACAAAAUACAUACUUGUUAAUUACUUGUAGAUCCAACAUGUAUUACACCAUUACUUAUUCAGUUUAGAAAAAGAAAUUCGGGGGUAUGGGAUUUUGGUAUUGUGUAGCUUUCAGCAACAGUAUUUCAGUAUUUAUGGGAGUGAAUUAAAUUGUGCUUUUAUUUAUUCUUUUUAUUGCUUCUUACAAUUAGUUCCUAUUUCUUGGGAGUUUUAUUUAGUUCUCUUCCCCCCCUCCCCUCACACUUUUUGUUUAACUUUUAUCGGUUAAAGAUCAUCCACUGAAGUUACAGAUAGGUAACAUUUAUAAGUUCAUGCUUCAAGGAGAUACCCCAAGAAAAGCAUUCUAACUGCAGCUAUGAUCAUGUGCAAUGUUGAUAUGACCUUUGAACUUUUUAGCUCGACUAUUCGAAGAAUAGUCUAGCUAUUCUACUCACCCUGGCGUCGGCGUCACACCUUGGUUAAGUUUUUGCAUGCAAGUACAUACAGCCAUCAAUUAAAGGCAUAUAGCUUUGAAACUUAUUUUUUCUUUUUCUAGGUCAAUAACCAACCUCUCUGGGACAAGUCCCAUAACUCUGACAUGUAUUUUGAGCAAAUUAUGCCCCCUUUUGGACUUAGAAAAUUUUGGUUAAAGUUUUACAUGCAAGUUACUAUCUCCAAAACUAAUGCAGAUAUUGAUUUGAAACUUCACAUGUGUCUUCGGGGUUAUAAAACUAGUUAAUAGCAGCAAGUCCCAUAACUCUGACUUUCAUUUUGGCCAAAUUAUGCCCCCUUUUGGACUUAGAAAAUUCUGGUUAAAGUUUUGCAUGCAAGUACAUACAGCUAUUUCUAAAAGGCAUAUAGAUUUGAAACUUAUUUUUUCUUUUUCUAGAUCAAUUACCAACCUCACUGGGUCAAGACCCAUAACUCUGACAUGUAUUUUUAGCAAAUUAUGCCCCCUUUUAGACUUAGAAAAUUUUGGUUAAAGUUUUACAUGCAAGUUAUUAUCUCCAAAACUAAUGCAGAUAUUGAUUUGAAACUUCACAUGUGCCUUAGGGGUUAUAAAACUAGUUGAUAGCAGCAAGUCCCAUAACUCUGACCUUCAUUUUGGCCAAAUUAUGCCCCCUUUUGGACUUAGCAAAUUCUGGUUAAAGUUUUGCGUGCAAGUACAUACAGCUAUUACUAAAAGGCAUAUAGAUUUGAAACUUAUUUUUUCUUUUUCUAGAUCAAUUACCAACCUCACUGGAUCAAGUUCCAUAACUCUGACAUGUUUUUUGAGCAAAUUAUGCCCCCUUUUAGACUUAGAAAAUUUUGGUUAAAGUUUUACAUGCAAGUUAUUAUCUCCAAAACUAAUGCAGAUAUUGAAUUGAAACUUCACAUGUGCCUUAGGGGUUAUAAAACUAGUUGAUAGCAGCAAGUCCCAUAACUGAUAUGCAUUUUGGUCAAAUUAUUCCCCUUUUUGAACUUAAAACUCUUUUGAUAUUUAACCUUUUUAGGUAAUAUUUUCCUGCCUCUGGGACAAUAUUUCGAAUAGUCGAGCUUGGCUGUCUUACGGACAGCUCUUGUUUAUAUUUUCGUUAUCAUUUGAUACAAGUCAUGUUUAUGCUUGUUGUCGGGGCAUUGUAAGUUGAAUGAUCUGAUAGUGUGGAACUUGCAAUUUUUGGGGCGAUAGUACACUGUAGUUGGGAUUAAGUGCUGUUAUACUGACUGGUGCAUGAACGAUGUAAAUUUUUGUCUUGUAAUGAAUAAGUUGACAGAAUGACCAUGUGUAAAUGUAACAAAAUUGUUAGCUAAACAGAGCUAAAGAUGUUCAAGCUACGCUUCUAUCAUUAAUCAGCAUCCGUAAAUCCCUAAGUCUAUUCACAUUUUUCUUCAGACAAUAUAUCUUGAAACCAUUGAAUUCAGCAAGUUUUGUCCUUACAUGGUCCUCGUGCAUAACAGUUUUGCUUUGUUGCUGGUGGAGAACUAAAAGAAUCCUUGUAAACUACUAGUCUGAUUAUUAACCAGGUUUUCGUUAAAAACCUGAGUUAUUAGAUUGGGGUAUGUCGUUGGUCAGGCGGGCGGGCGGCGUCAAACUGGUGUUUCCGGGUUUCCGGUCAAUAACUUAACUUAGGAAUGAGCUAUCAUGAUGAAACUUGUUGUAUAGAAAACUUAUAUAAAGUUGUAGCUUGGGAUUGAUUUUGGGGUUUCUGGGAUCUAGGUCAAGGUCAUUGUUACUAAAAAUAGGGUUCAGGUUAGGUUAGGGUUAGGGUUAGGUUAGGGUUGUGCUUUAAAGUGGUGCACUGUGAUUCAGUAUACCUUUUUAUUUUUAUGAAAAGUGUUGAAAACCUGGUUUCGUGGCAUUGCCGCGUUUCUUGUAGAAAUUAUUUUAUUGAAAAUUUCCAUUGGAGAUCCUCUGCCAAGAUUGUUUAGAUUAUUCUGAUUCAUCAAAAACAUUAAGUCACCAGGGGUUAUUGCACGUUUUGCAGCUUGAAGUGACUUUAUACCAGGAGUGUUCAUAUUAUUAUGAUUUGUCUAAAAACAUAGUUGCCAGAGCUACAUAAGCUGAAUAUAGAAAAUCUUUAUAUAGUGUCUACUAAACCACAGAUAUAACUUUACCAAAAUGUUUCUUUGGUGACCCUCUACUUGUUGUCAAACAAACACAUUGCCUGCGGGAUUUAUCUGGUUUUCUCUAUAUAGAGCUAUGGAAAACUUAAAAACAAAUUCUCAGGCCAGUUUUCAAAAGUAAUCUUGUUUGAACCUUUGGUGAGUAGAUGUUUGAUCGUUUCAUGAAGUAAAAGGAAUACAAAAGUAUACAAGAUUUAAAUGGACACUCUAAGAUACUUUCAUUGAUUAGUAAUAAUUAAAGACAAAGUGAUGCAGUGUUACAGACAGAAUUUAUUCAUAAAAGCAGUGUUUAAAAUAUAUAAUACCGGAAAGCUGUCUGCAUAUUUUAGUCAUAUCACCUAAGAUUGUAUUAAUUUGUUAUGUUUGAUGUUUAAAGAACUGAUACUGUGAUGUACAAACCUUAGGGCAGUUUCUUAGUCUUGUUAAUGAGUGUGAGUUAUACACUUCAGUGAUAAGUUUUUGUAUAUAAAUGGUUAUGACAAAUGAGCAGCGCCAUGAGAAAACCAACAUAGCGGCUUUGCGACCAGCAUAGAUCCAGACCAGCCUGCGCAUCUGUGUAGUCUGGUCAGGAUCCAUGCUGUUUGCCAACGGUUUCUGUAAUUGCAAUAGGCUUUGAAAGCAAACAGCAUGGAUCCUGACCAGACUGUGCGGAUGCCCAGGCUGGUCUGGAUCCAUGCUGGUUGCAAACGCAUUAUGUUGGUUUUCUCAUGGUGCGGCUCAAAAAUAAACAAAAUGUCUUGACUUGAGACAGUUCAUAAUAAAAUGGUGUUGUCCGUCCAUUGAAACUUUUAAAGUGAACUUGAUCCAUCACCUUACUGAGAAAAUUAUCGGCCAAAGAAGAAAUGUGAGUGCAAUUUCAUACUUGAAAAGGUACUUGUGGAAAGCAUAUAAGUACUGAUACAUUAUCCAGUAAUGCAGUGUAGGUUUAGGGUUACAUACCUGGUAUCUGAAAAAAUUGUUUAGACAUUAAACCCAAUGAAGGUACAAUUUACGGUAAAGUUUUCUUUAUCCCAGCUAUUUCAAAAGUGCUUAUUAACUUAUAUCGAUUUUUGUUUUUCCACUUUCAAAGUGAAAUUGUGUGUAACCGUGAUCUUGAGUGGUCAAUAUUUACUGUUAAUACGGUUUGAAUUAUCCAUAGUCAACGAAAACAGGAAAAGCCACUGGAAAUGCAGCUGCAUUGUCCGUAGUCAAAACAAACAGCAACUGUAUUGAAGUAUCUUUAAGAGUCUGAAGUAUUUGUAUCUUGAAGUAGUCAGUCUUUCACAGAUUGAUAAAUUUACGCAAAACAUAAACAGAAGCACACAUGUAUUACGUUAUGCACACUUGUGUAAGAUGUAUACCAUUGUUUUACAGUAGUGCUUAAUUUUUAUCUUAAUUUGCAAACAGAUACUUUUUUAUCAUGCAGCAGAUUGCAGUUUUCUGAUCGAGCAGAGUUAAAUUCAUGGCAUUUUGAAAGGCUUAGAUUUUUGUUUGAUAAUAUCUGACAUGUAGAUAGAAUUGGAAUUUGGCAACUGUGAUACAUUAUUGUAGUGUCAGAUUUAAUUGAAAGUAUCAGUUGAUCUGAAUUUAAAUAUUUUUAGAAGUGUUUUUUCCCCCCAAAUUAAACACGUUGAUAAACUCAUUUUUACUGAUUAGUUUAUUAAACUAACAUUUUUAAGGUCACAUUACAUUCAUAAUUUAAUAGGGAUUUUUUCAUAGUUACAGUAGGGGAAAAGUAGUUAAACUGUUGCCUUGUAUGAAGAAAGUAUUGCAGAUUACUCCAAAUUUGAAAUGAAUUAUUGUAGUAAACUUGCCAUAGCAUUCUUGUUUUUUACCAACUGGUUAUUAAUAUGUAACAGUUCUUCAGAAAACUGUUAACAAAUAUAAAGUUUAAAGACAUACUUGAAUUUGAAGUUUAAUGUUGUGAUUUUGAAAUGCUAAUGUUAUUGACAAUUAUUGAACAAACACAGUGUAAUACUAUCCAACAGUCGUGUCUUGUAAUAUAUCUGUGAUGAAAGAAAAGAUUUUUGUAUGAAAUUAUGAUUUGACAGUGUUACAGUGACCUGGCCUCGUGUUCACAAAACAUUUUUCGGUCUCAGCUGAGUUUAAGUUUGAAAUUUUGAUAUCAAUUUUACUAAAACUUCAAGGUUAAAUCCAACUGAGACAGACCAUUAAUACUGAAUAGCCACAUGAAAAUAGUUAUUAACUUAAAAUUUAGUUUUAAACAUGCUAUUUUGAUAUCAAUGACAAAUAAAGUUUCAUUAUCAAGCUGAAAAUGUUUUGUGAACAUGGGGCCUGAAAAGCAUUUUGCUUUUUUCUUUUGAUGAUUUUUUAAGACUUGGGACAAAGCUAGUUUUCACUUUUGUAAUCAGCAAUAAUACAAUAGAGUAUUUUGUAAUUUAGUAAAAUGUUCGGCUUUUUGAUUACCGGUAUUUGUUUAUAUAAGAAUAAGUACUGUUAUAUAAUGGAAUAUUCCAAACACUUGUUUGGUUUGGAAGUGUGGAUGCAGUUUCAUUCUUUUUAACCUUUUACCCUGCUAAAUUUCUAAAAUGGACUGGUCCAUCAUUCAGUUUGGGCAGUACCACUUAUUAUUCAAAGGAUUGUUCACUGAAUAGCGAACAGUGCAGACCAUGCAGGCUGAUCUUGGUCUGCACUGGUCACAAAGGAAAAAUCAUUUGCGGCCAGCAGGCUUAAGGUUAAGACAUAGUUUAAGUCAUGAAAACAGUGUUUCAUGUUCAGUACAUUUUAUAUAUUCAGAAUAUUAUGUGAACAUACUCGAGUUUCAGAGGUGAUAGCUGCAUUUCUGUUAUAGUAAAUUUACUGGAUUUGAUCACUCUAAUCUUGAAUAUUGCUGUAACCAAGUACCUGGACCAGGAGGUUUUAAUUGCCUUUGUAUAUGCAGGAGCCACAGUGAAUUGAGUAUUAAACUGGAAAGCAACGGUGAAUUGAGUAUUAAAUUGGAAAGCAAUAAAGCAUUUGAUUAUUCCGCGAUGCUGGUGCAGAGAUUUUUAUUAGUGUCAAAUCAACAUUGUAGGGACAUGAAAGUAAAUUUUAUAUUUUAUAAUAUCUUGAUAGUCGGAUACAAGCUUCAUUGAUUGCAUUAGUAUAUAAUAGUGAGUGUCUUGGUACACCAUUUUUUGGCUUUUUUAUAAUAGUUUUGUGUUGCCGAGUGUUAAUGCCAUGUUGAUGUUGUCAGGUGACAGUUUGUGUGAGGUUUUCUAUGUUACUAGUACUUAAUCAAGUUCAGUUAUACAUACACUCUCCUCACCAAGGUGGCUUGGAAUAUUUUGUUAACUACAUAACCGGUGUACUAUUCACUGUCUACACAAGGAAUGGCUCUGUCAUAGUAAACCAAUAUCAGAUCCUAAAUCUUAAAAAGACUUUGCCUUUAAUGUCAUGGCUGAACAGGGCCUAUUUCAUUCAGUAACAAAACAUAAUUUGAAUUAAACAUUGCAUUUUCUUUUGUGUUCAGAAGUAUAGUUAAAAAAAGUAGUUUUUUGUUCCUCCAAAAGCUGGAUAAGUAGCCAUAUGACCAAAAAAAACCAAAAAAAAAACCAAAAGAAGCCAAAAUAACCAUUAUCAUGCUAGACAAUGAUUUUUUCUGCCUUUGCAACCAGUGUAGAUCUUGAUCAGCCUGCACAUUUGUGCAGUUAGAUCAAGAUCUGCACUGUUUGUCAUUGUCAGUAUCUUUUUGGUAAGCACCCCUUUUAACAGUUAAUGGUAGUAUCCAAAUUGAAAGUUGGACAAGUUCAUUAUAGAAAUUUAGCGAGGUAAGGGUUAAGGAGAAUGUAUGUAUGAUUGGACUAGAUGUAUCUCUGCUGCAGGUGAGAGGUUUAUUUAUUGAUAUGCAAAUGUAACAAAAAACUUGCAAAUCCUUUUAAUGAUAAGUAUUGAUCCAUAUAACCAUUUAAUCAUCCUGGGUGACUGUUAUAUAGAGACACCAUAAAGACAUAGGUAAGGAUAGGUAGACCUGGUGUAGUUAGUUGUGGACCAUACACUAUACAGGGAAGCAGGAUUUUUUUUAGAUAUUAGUAUUCAGCUGUAGGUUUAUGUAUAAAGGGCUUGAAAGAAAACAGAUGAGACACCUUUAGCCUGCUAUAUUUCUACAAUGGACUGGUCCAAUAUUCAGUUUGGGCAGUACCAUUUAUUAUUUGAAGGGGUGUUCACUGAAAAUUUACUGACUGAAUAGCGAACAGAUGUGCAGGCUGAUCUUGGUCUGCACUGGUCGCAAAGGUAGAAUCACUCGCCGCCAGCAGGCUAAAGGUUAAGAGCAUUAGGGCAUUUUAUUUUAUGUUAAAAAUAGGAAAAACAGCUGUCCAAAAAAAGCUAUGCACAUCUAUAUGGUUAGAAAAGUGCACAACUUUUAUAGUCAGUGAUAAAAGGAGGUAAUAAAAAAAACCCCAAUGAAUUCAAUAAUACUUUUACUAAGGUUAUCAUAUACUAAAUGCUAUGUCAAAUGUUUUAGGUAACAAUUAUUGAAAAUAGAAAAUGUGGAUGCCACAUUAUUAGCCAUUAUGACCCUUUAACGUAAAACAGUUUUCUGUCAAGCCCUUUAUAUUAUGAAUAUUAACAAAUGAUACCUCAUUCAUUUACGCACAAUUUUAAAAUGACAUCACUUAGUGUUCUUAGUAGUACUCGAGAACUGAACGAAAAAGUAACGUGAUUCGUUCACUUAAUAACAAAAUACGAAUUUUCCGUUCAUCCCUCAUAACAUACCAUGUGAUCAUCUUGUAACUAAAUGUGGUCAUAACCAGUCAACAAGUUUAUCAUAAGCCAUUAAUAUCCACGGUAAAAUCAUGAGCUGAUUGUAACUGUAACCUUUUGAACUAGGAUUUGUUUGAAGGCAUUAGUAGUUAUUGUUUAUAUUGUAUCAUAUAGUGUAAUGCCAAAUGAGCCGCACCAUGAGAAAACCAACAUAGUGCAUUUGCGACCAGCAUGGAUCCAGACCAGCCUGCGCAUCCACGCAGUCUGGUCAGGAUCCAUGCUGUUCGCUUUCAAAGUCUGUUGCAAUUAGAGAAACCGGUCUGGAUCCAUGCUGGUCGCAAAUGAACUAUGUUGGUUUUCUCAUGGCGCGGCUCAAAUGUUCAUCUCCUCUACAUAUAUUAAGUUCUGCAUACAAGUUAUUAUUAUUCCAUUAAUUAUGUUCUUGUUAAUGUGCACAUUAUGUAUUGUUAUUAUUGAAAAAAAAAUUACUAAAGUCAUGGAAUUUUUA